AUGCCGCUUGCUCUGUGUUCGGCUUCGCUCGCUGGAAUGUUGGCCAGGGGCUCGGCCCAACCCCUGGCCGGAAUUGAUGAAAACAUCACCGAGACGAUUUGCUGCCUGGUUCUGGGGUGGGGGUUCACUGAGAUCUGGGGGCUGUGCCGUGUUCCGAGAUCUCAGAUGUCACUGGAAAUGUGGACAGCAGGGAAACAACAGUCGCAUUGUCCGACCUGGUGA